AUGCUUGAAGAGCGGCCGAUUUCGUUGAGACAAAGUCCUUCGAGAAGGAAGUUGUUGAGGCCUGGGGUUGAUACUGAUGACCGGGGUUGGACCUCACUUCAUGUUUAUGCGCGGAAAGGUGAUAUCAAACUGGUAAAAAAGCUUCUCAACCAAGGAAUGGAUGUUAAUGUGACUGCAUGGGGCCCUAAAUCUAAAGGCGUGACCCCUCUCCACCUUGCUGCCGAAGGUGGUCACCUCGGAGUGAUGGAUGAACUGCUUGAGCGUGGUGCCAAUAUUGAUGCCAGAACUAAGGGUGCUUGUGGCUGGACACCGCUCCACAUUGCAGCAAAAGAGAGGAAUAGGGAUGCUGUGAAAUUCUUGGUAGAGAAUGGAGCAUUCUUGCCUCCAGAUAUGAACGAUAGCAGAUUUAAUCCUCCCCUUCAUUACUGCCCCGGACUUGAAUGGGCCUAUGAGGAAAUGAAGCGACUCCAACAGGAAGAAUAUUCUCAGGGGGAGACAUCUUGCAGCUCUGAAGGUUAA